GCAGCGUGAAGCAGCCGCGAUGGCCGGGAGCGAGGCUGUGCUGAGACGGGUGAUUGAGGCGCUGGAGCUGCUACUGGGGACAGCCAAAGCUGCCGGGACAGAUUCAGGCCCUCUGCAGUCAACGAAGCAUGUCGAUUUGCUGGAAUCGUUGCGCUUUAAUGUAUCCAUUUUGGAAGAGAAGUUUGCCCAGGACCCGCAAUGGGAUGAACUGCAGAGGUUGAGAACUGAGGUCUCUAAGCAGGCUCAGUGCCUGGGGUCCUGCCCGGAUGUGCCUUGGAAUUUUACUUGCCAUGUCUUGCUCCUUUUGCUGUGUCUCAAGCAGUGCAUGGUUCUCUUAGCAACAACUUACUGUCCACCUCAGCCAAACCCCAAGACAGCUGAAGCUGCACCUCCUCUGAGUCCUGACACCCUCAGCAUUGCCCAGGAGAAAACUGUGCAGGUGGCCUUACAGUUUGUUGUGACCUUGGGCAUUUGCCCGUAUCUCUUUCCUGGCGUUGGGCUUCCCCUGAGAAGCAGGACAGAAUUCAGUGCCCUGGUUCAAGAAGUGGCUUCACCCAGAUGCAUUUCCAGUGCCACACGCCGGCUUUUUGUAACCUGCACUCUCCUAAUGGAGGUUGCUGAUCACACGUCCCUGAGCAGACUCAUUCUCACACGUCACUUGGGGGAUCUCCUGGCAGGGCUGUGCCAGCUCGGAUUCUGUCCAGCAAGAAGGAAGGAUGAAGAAGAAGCCAAGCCCUCAGAGGAGCAGAUGGGCCUUACAGAAGAGGAGCGAAGCAGCUGCAGGGAGGCAUUGCAAGGCCUUUUGAACAGAGUUUACCAGCCACUGGUGGUUCGAGAACUGCUGCUGCUGCAAGGUGGACCCAAACAGAGCUCUGGUUCCAGUGGACGCAGCAGUGAGCAUGGUCUGGCACCAGCCCCAGCCUGGCUCCGGCGUCUCUGUGGGCAGCUGCUCUCUGAGAGGCUGAUAAGACCGGGUGGUGUUCAGGCUGUGGUCUGUGGCAUCCUGGAGGGAGCAGGAGCUGGGGCUACAGGUGGCAGCAGUGCCGAAGCAGCAGCAGCAGCUGACUGGCGGAAGUGUGACGCUGUGGCCAGGAUCCUCUCCACUUGUCCUCAGCAGUCUCUGUCCCUGGAGGAUUAUUGCCAACAGGUGUGCCCACAGGUUCUGCAGCUGUUCCUCAUUCAGGAUAAGCUGACAGCCCAUCAGUUCCAGCGAGUUGCCACCACGACUGUCCUCUCCAUGGCAAGACAACACCCCCAGCAAGCCAAGAAGCACCUGCUGCGUCCCAUACUGGAGCCCCUCCUGCGCUGCUCAGAUGAUGUGACAGAAGUACCGCUGAAAGAGCUGCUGGCAGGGACUGUGUUGGUGAAAGAGGAGGAGCUCAGUGAGUGUGUGGAAAAUGUGCUUAAGGUGUACGUGGUUGGCAAUGAACCCACAGCUUUCCUAUUGGACUCCUUGCAGCCUGUGCUAGGAACCAUCUUCUCCCUCUGGUGUUUUACGAAGCAGAACGUGUCUUUCUUACGCACGCCAUGCCAAGAGAUCCUGUUAUGGUUCUUGGAGAAAUGCAAGAGGCAAAUUGCACUAUCCGUCCUGGAAGGAUUUGCAAGGCUUGGAGGAGCCACCCACCUGCUCCAUCCGUUCUGUCAGUUUCAGGCAGGCAGUGAAGGGGGCGCUGUAGUCACCAUCAAAGAGACUAUCAGCGAUGAAGAUGAGGCUCUCUACCAGAAGGUGUCCUUUGAGCAAUGGCAGCUGGAGCAGCUUGUGGAGCUGCUCUCUCGCUGCCAGAGCAGUGGCUUAGCCGGAGACUUCUUCCUCUGUUGCCUAAAGGAGCUGACACGCAUGGCUGGACAGGGUGCUUACAAAAUGGAUUCUGCCCCACUCUCCUCCUGCAACAGCCCUCUGGACCUGGAGCAGUGCUGCAGCCCUGGCCUUGAGCAGCAGGAGAGACAGCUGCAGGUGCUGCAGUUGGUUGGCAUGAUGUGCGAGAGGGUCUCUGAUGCGCUGUUCACAGACAUCUCACAGAUUGUGGAAUUCGUGGCAACAACUCUGCAGCGGGCUUGUGCAAGUCUCACUUGCAGCUCAGGGGGUAGCACUGUGGAGGCCCAGACACUGAGUAUGGCUAUGGGACUGGUAGCUGCCAUACUAGGAGGGGCAGUGCAGCUGAAACCGGCCGACUUUGCUUCCCUGAAGGGGCUGGUGCCCCUGCUGGAGGAUCUCUCCCACGUUCAUCCAGAGCCUGUCAUCCAGGAGCUUGCUGCUGACUUGCGUAUCACCAUCUGCACCCACGGAGCUUUUUCCACGGAGACAGUCAACUCUGCUGCGCAAAGUACCCUGGGCAAGAGUGAUGCAGGAGUGGCAGUCAAACCAAGAGCUCCCGUAAGACAAGGCCUCACCAAAAGGCCCCCUAGAGAGACCUCCAAGCCCGAGGCGGCUCUGCCACAGGACCACAUGGAGAGCAGCUCGGGCACAGACCCCAUUUCCAACCCGCCAAGAGGGCCUCUGACUGGGGAAUCUGUUGCAGAGCCAGGCUGUGGAUCUCAGGACCUGCAAGAACUUCUCUUAUCAGUUUAUGACCCAGACAUUCCAGCACAAGCAGCUGCCUUGCGUAGUCUUUCCCGCUUGAUAGAGCAGAGGGACUCUGAAGCCCUGAAGAUUCAAGAGAAGCUGCUGAAGGUUUUUUUGGAAAAUUUGGAGCAUGAGGAUUCCUUUGUUUAUCUUUCUGCUAUCCAAGGUGUUGUGCUGCUGUCGGAUGCAUUCCCAGAGCGAGUCCUUCCCUACCUGCUGGCCCAAUAUGGGAGCGCUCAUCCAGGCACACAGGAAGCACAGACGGUAGAGACCAGGAUGAAAGUGGGGGAGGCCCUGAUGCGCAUCACACGGGCACUAGGAGACAUGGCCUUCUCAUACCGAGACAACCUGAUCCACGCCUUUCUGCGAGGAGCAAGAGAUCUGGAUGGCACUCUUAGGGCAAGCAGCCUGUCCAAUCUGGGAGAGCUGUGCCAGAUACUUCAUUUUCAGCUGGGCUCUGUGGUCCAUGAGGUGACCUCAUGUCUGACAGCAAUAGCGAAGACCGAUGGUCAGGUUGAAGUGCGAAGAGCAGCCGUUCAUGUGGUGGUGCUUCUGCUGCGUGGCCUCAGCACGAGAGCGGUGGAGGUUCUCCAGGAUGCGCUGCUGGAACUCUACCAUCUGCUGAAGUUUGUGGUGCGCUGCGAACAGGAUGAGGUCACUGUACUUCAUGCACAGCUGGCCUUGGAGGAGCUGGAUGGCAUCAUGAGGGAGCUCCUGUUUCCCCGUCAAACUCUUGAGAAAAAGAUUGAGGUCCUUCCUUAGGGAAGCACAAGUGCCAGUGGAUCAGAGGACUCCUGCUACUGUGCAGCACAACCUCAGAACUGUAUCAGGAUCUCUCAGGGAAAUGGGGUUUGGGAGCCGACCAGCUGGGCUCUUGAACCCCUGUGGCCUCAGAAGUGCUAGUCUGCAAUGAGGGAGUGGCUGGUCCUUGAGCUGUGGCUCCUGAGAGCAGACUGGGCCAUUGCCUGCCUAGAACAUUGCUCCCAUGGGCAGAUUUUGCAGAAAUUUGACACUUAUUCAAGCAUGUCCCUUAGGAGGGAAGGACUGUCUUGGGACUGCUGCUGGGAUCAGUCAAUGCAAUAAAUUUCAUAGGGGAAAACUUU